GCGGGGCAACGGGUGGGCUUCCACGACACGGGGAUCACCAAGCUCGAGGCGGAGCUGCAGGAGCUGCGGGACCUCCUCGGGCCCAUGCGGCGCGAGGAGCCGCCGCGCCCACCAGUGGGCGCGGGCGGCUUUGACAGGGAGAUCGACCCGACGAUCAUUGCGGGCGAGCCUGCGGACAAGCGCUUCCAGGCUGUGGUCAAGGGCCAGAAGGCCUACGCGUCGAGGCGCGCGGGGCCGGCUGCGGGCGCCCCCAGGUUUCCUGGUCGAGGAGCAGUCUGGAGGAGGGUCACGGCUCCAGCGCCGAUGGGCGGAGCCGACGUGGAGCUGUCGAUCAGCACGGACAAGAGCCCGAAGAUGGUGGCGAAGGAGCUGGGACGCAAGGAGAUCCA